AUGCUGAAACUUCUAAUUCUUCUAAUAGCCGUUCACUUGGCAUCUGCUGAUUUAUUCACAUCAAUCGCUGAAAUGCAAAGUUUAUUGGAGACUGAGAAAAAUAUUCCAAAAGUUUUGCAAAAUUAUAUUGAACAGGAGGAAAAACGGCUGGUUGAGUUGAAAAAAUUGAAAGAUGAAUAUAUUGUGAAAAAUGAAAAAUCGAUUGAUAAUGGUUUGAAAGAUAUUACAAAUCCAAUCAACGCAUUUCUAUUAAUCAAGAGAAAAAUAUUUGAUUGGAAAGCAUUGGAAAACAAAAUGAAUGCAAACAAAGCUGAUAGCUUCAUUCAAACCGUCUCCGAUUCCUCCUAUGGUGUUCGUUAUCCAACAGAAGAUGAUCUAAAUGGAGCUGCGAUUGCUUUGCUCAGACUUCAAGACACUUAUCGACUUGACACUAAAGAUCUAGCUGAUGGAAAGAUUUAUAAAGAACAAGGAAACUACACGUUCUCAGCUAGAGAUUGUUUCGAAAUUGCGAGAAGUGCUUAUAAUGAGCAAGAUUAUUUCCAUACUGUUAUGUGGAUGGAAGAGGCGCAAAGAAGAUUGGGUGAUGAGGGAGAUGAACCAACUGCUGAUUUGGAAGAUAUUUUGGAAUAUUUGGCGUUUGCUUUGUAUAAACAAGGAAAUUUGAAGAAUGCUUUGCAAUUGACUGAACAACUUUAUAAAUUGAGUGAGUACAGGGGGAGGGGGUUUCUGCGUCUCUGACUUUCUAACUGUCUGAUUUCUCUCUGUCUUUUAAUUCUACACGAUGUGUAAUCGAGCAAAGAAAGUGUUGUGUUUCUCUGGGUCUCUAACUCUUUUAGGAUCUCUAAUUGUUUGGCUUCUCUGCGCCUCUAACUUUAUAAGGAUCUCUAAUUCUCUGACUUUCUAAAUGUCUGACUUCUCUGUCUCUCCUAUUUCUAAAUUAUCUUUAAGCGAGUGUAUACCGCAAUCGAGAUUCUCUGCGUCUCUAACUCAAUUAGGCUUUCUAAUUAUUUGGCUUCUCUGCGUCUCUGACUUUCUAACUGUCUGACUUCUCUAUAUCUCCUAAUUCUACAUUAUCUAUAGGCGAAUGUAAAUCGCAAGCGAGUUUCUCUGCGUCUCGUCUGAUUCUCUGACUUCUCUGCGUCUCUAGCUUUCUGGUGGUCUAGGUUCUAUGUAUAUCAAUAGGGUAUUUGGGAAAAAAGGUCCCCAUCUAGAUUUUUGUGCCACGUGUCAACCUAAUAUUAUAAUUUCCCAAGUCGCACGACCCUCAGAAAUGAUUUUCUCAGAAUUUAUUACCCCUUAAAAUUUUCCAGAUCCAACUCAUCCACGUGCCAAAGGAAACGUAAAAUGGUAUGAAGAUUUAUUGGAACAAGAAGGUGUCCGAAAAUCCGAAAUGCGUCGAAAUGUUCCAAAAAUCGCAAAUCGUCGACCAGACAGUGUUCUCGGAAAUCAAGAAAGAACCAUGUAUGAAGCAUUAUGUCGUGAUGAAGUUCCAGUCAGCCAAAAAGACAUCUCAAAACUCUAUUGUUAUUAUAAACGUGAUCGACCAUUCCUAGUUUAUGCUCCAAUCAAAGUUGAGAUCAAAAGAUUCAAUCCAUUAGCAGUGUUAUUUAAAGAAGUCAUAAGUGACGAUGAAAUUGCACAAAUUCAAGAAUUAGCAAAGCCAAAGUUGGCAAGAGCAACAGUUCAUGAUUCAGUGACUGGAAAACUAGUUACCGCAACUUAUAGAAUUAGUAAAAGUGCUUGGCUUAAAGAAUGGGAACAUGAAGUUGUUGCGAGAGUUAACAAGAGAAUUGAUUUGAUGACUAAUUUGGAGAUGGAAACUGCGGAAGAAUUACAAAUCGCUAAUUAUGGAAUUGGUGGACAUUAUGAUCCACAUUUUGAUCAUGCGAAGAAAGAGGAAUCGGAAUCAUUUAAAUCACUUGGAACUGGUAAUCGUAUUGCUACAGUGUUAUUCUAUGUAAGUUUUUUCGGAAAAAAUUUGUGCAUUAGAGCGCAUUUUCUUGUUUUGUGUGGUGCUAUGUUUUUGAGGGGUGAAAACUCGAUUUAGAAUUUUUUAGAAUCUUCUUGGGGACCUGAUUCCUAAAAAUUUAGAAAAAAUCUUUAAUUUUCCCAUAAUUUCAGAUGUCUCAACCACAACACGGAGGAGGUACUGUAUUCACCGAAGCGAAAUCCACAAUUUUGCCAACAAAGGUUAGAUUUUAAAAGAUUUUCAAAAUUUCAAAAAAAAAAGUUUUUCCUGAUUUCAGAAAAUCAAAAAUUCAAUUCUCAAAAACAAACAUUUUAAGAACAUUUUUUUUGAAAAAUAGAUUUGGGCCCAAUUCCUUUGAUUUUUUUUGUAAUUCUGAAAACAACUUCAGGCAUUAUUUUAUAAUUUCAGUUUUUUCAGAAACUUCGAAAAAUCACAAAAUUUCGAAAAAAAUUUCAAGUUUUCCAAAAUAAAAACCCAAAAAACCCACUUUUUUCCAGAACGACGCACUUUUCUGGUACAAUCUUUUCCGUCAAGGAGACGGUAAUCCAGAUACUCGCCACGCGGCUUGUCCAGUUUUAGUUGGUAUCAAAUGGGUUUCCAACAAAUGGAUUCAUGAGAAAGGAAAUGAAUUCCGUAGACCAUGUGGCUUGAAAUCAACCGAUUAUGAGCGAUUUGUUGGUGAUUUGGGAGUUGGCCCAGAGCCAAGAGAUACACCAAAUCUCUCAAGUGAUUUAUCGAAAAAUGUUUGGGAAACUAUCUAG